AUGUAUUCAUGGUGUAGUUGCCUACGCGACUCUAAAGAGAACAGUGAAGAACCGUCAAGGGCUGAAGUUUUCAUAGCAACUCGCACAAGUAAAAAAGGAAAAGAAAUUGAUGCUAAAACACAAGCCACAAUUACUGAACUUCAGAACCGCUUAGAAGCAGGAGAAAAUGAAGAGGAUGCAUUUGUAGGAGUGUUAGGAAAAGACCAACCAGGUCGAGUUCGUUGUUAUGGGGCUUCGAUUACAAGAAGCUCUCUUAAAAAAGAUGAGGAGAUUUGCCACAUAAAAGUUGAAUAUAACACUAAGGUCUCAUCAUUAGAGAAGAAUAUGGAUGGUGUAUGUGGUUUAUUAAAGGUAUUGGUGCACCAACUCAACCCUGGAAUGAGCGAUGAAGAGGUAGCAGCCUUAGUUCAAGCUGCCCAAGAUUUUCCUUUGGAUACCUCAAGUAGCAGAGCAAAAAAUACUCCUCGCUCCUCCGAAUCAACUCACAUUCCACACAAAGAUGAUAUAAGUUCUAAUAUGAUUUUGAAUAACUAUGACUGGUGGAAAGAGUUAAGUUUGUUAGAACUUAGAAGGAAUGAACUAGUUGCCAUUGUUGUUCGUUUUGCAUCUUCUUUUUCACUUAUUUCACUUACUGGUUCCUUCUAUAUGAAAAUUCUAAAUGCACGAUUCAAAUUUCAGUGUGUUGUGAAAUGUUAG